AUCCAAUGUUUAAAAGAGUGAGGCACGAGUAUAGACAACUCAAACUUGCAUGGUGGAUGCCCUACUUUUCGUCAUCGCUCUGCAACAUCUCUUCUCUCCUCCUUAUUGUUGUUUAAGAAUCAAUAAUGGCACCACCCAGAAUCCUUCUAUGCGGCGACGUCUUAGGCCGCUUCAAUAUCGUCUUCAAGCGAGUCACAUCUGUGAGCAAGUCUAAUGGCCCUUUCGAUGCCCUGUUCUGUGUGGGUCAGUUCUUCCCCAACAACGCUGAAGAAGUCGAUGAGAUGAUGCGUUAUAUACGUGGGGAUGAACCAGUUCCAAUUCCCACCUAUUUCAUUGGUGAUUAUGGAGCUGGUGCCUUGAAGCUCUUGUCAUCUGCUGGUUCCCAAUAUGGAUUUAAAACUGAUGGGAUAAAGAUUUGUGAAAACCUUUUCUGGCUAAAGGGGAGUGGGAGAUUUAACCUUCAUGGUUUGUCUGUAGUUUACUUAUCUGGCCGACGCUCAUCAAAUGAUCAACUAAUCGGAGCAUUUAAUGGUGAUGACAUUGAUGCAUUGCGAGCUUUGGCUGAAGAACCUGGGAUAUUUGAUCUGUUUCUAACUAAUGAAUGGCCACAAGGAAUUUCGAAUCGGGCUUAUACAUCCAAUCCUCGGCCAGAAAUUUUGGACCCUUCUGGUAGUGAUGUUGUCAUCUCAGAGUUGGCUGCUGAGUUAAAGCCUCGUUAUCAUAUUGCAGGUGCUAAAGGGAUAUUUUAUGCUCGAGAGCCUUAUUCUAACAAUGAUGCGGUACAUGUGACACGUUUUCUUGGUCUUGCAUGUGUGGGGAACAGUACUAAGCAGAAGUUUAUUCAUGCAAUUUCACCCACCCCAGCAUGUUCAAUGUCUGCUACUGAUAUUGCCUUAAAGCCAUUAGAUACUACACCAUCCCCCUAUUUGAUAGUCAAGGACGUUCAUAUGAAUGAAUCAACAAAACAAACUGGGUUAUCAUUGGAUGUGCAAUAUUGGCGUUAUGAUACAUCUCGGAAGCGCCAAAGGGAUCAAAGUGAGGAUGGUGGAAGAUUGUGCUUCAGUUUCAUUUCUACAGGUUCUUGUUCACGAGCUGAAAAAUGUCAGUUUGUACAUGACGAUGCGUUCAGGGAGAAAUAUUUGAAAGGUGCUUGUUUUGAUUUCAUAAACAGAGGGAAAUGUGAACGAGGUUCUGGAUGCAAAUUUCGUCACAGUUUAAGUUUCGAAGAUGAUGGCAGUGGCAUAAAUUUGAACAGGCCAAACGACAAUACUGGAGUUGCAUCUAGCGAGGGAAGCACUGGUCGGAGGAAACAUUGUUGGUUUUGUUUAUCAAGUCCCAACAUAGAAUCACAUCUCAUACUGAGUGUUGGAGAAACCUGUUACUGUACGCUAGCAAAAGGUCCAUUAGUUUUAGAUCAUGUCCUGAUUGUACCAACUGAACAUUUCCCUAGUACUUUAUCUCUUCCAUCCAGUUCGGUGAUUGAGAUGCAGAAAUAUAAAAAUUCCCUGAAGGCAUAUUUUAAGAGUCAAAAGAAGGCAACUGUCAUCUAUGAGUGGGUUUUCAACCAUAGUAAAUCAAUUCAUGCUAAUCUUCAGGUUGUUCCCGUGCCAUUGUCUAAAGCUUCGUACCUCCGAGGGCAUUUUAUUUCUGCUGCAAGAAAGAGUGGAUUUGAGUUUGAAGUAAUUAGGCCUGGGGCUAUAAUAUUGAAAGGGUUGCAAUUGUGAGGGUCUAUGAGCUACUUGGUUUGUAACUGGUGUGAACUGUACUGUCAGGGAUGUACUAAUUUAUUUCUUGGUUUUUCUUUUGAGUCUCUUCUAUUUACUUAGCUGUUAGUUACAUUGUUGGACUCUUGACUGAUUGUUAUUGCCUUUUCUAUUUUAUACUGAACAUAUGUAGAUUUCAUGUUUCAUUACUUGUGGUUUAUAGUCUAAAAUGAGUGCAGAAUGUGACGUUAGGUAGACAGUGAGCUAUCAGUUCAUUUCUGGCAACUUCAAAUCAUGAUAGGGUACUUAGAAGUAUGCCAGCUCUUUAUUGUCUCAAGCUUUAGCCGUCUAGAGCAAUUCCUUGCUAGUGUACUCAGCAAUCGUGAACUUAUGCCAUAUUCAAGAAUCCGACAUGGCUCUUGCUUCCUUGCUUUCCUCUUGUUAAAAACUUGUGCUUAACAUAUGUAGAUUUCAUGUUUCAUUACUUGUGGUUUAUAGUCUAAAAUGAGUGCAGAAUGUGACGUUAGGUAGACAGUGAGCUAUCAGUUCAUUUCUGGCAACUUCAAAUCAUGACAGGGUACUUAGAAGUAUGCCAGCUCUUUAUCGUCUCAAGCUUUAGCCGUCUAGAGCAAUUCCUUGCUAGUGUACUCAGCAAUCGUGAACUUAUGCCAUAUUCAAGAUUCCGACAUGGCUCUUGCUUCCUUGCUUUCCUCUUGUUAAAAACUUGUGCUUAUCCAUGCAUGUUUCAUCUUCUUGUGCAACCGUCUCAAACUCACACCAGCUAUCAGAACAUGCAUGCCACCUAAUCAUUGAGUGCCUUCAAUUUUUAUUUAUUUGAGUGUAAUGCUUCUAGUGAAAUAUUAUUUAUUUCUAUUCCAGAUUCUCUGGAUGAGUUGAUUUUACAACUUGUAGAAGUUAUGCUUUUGGGCAUUAGACGCUCCUUAUGAUGGACAAAAACUGGAUAUCUCUCCUCUUACACUUGGUUUGCAUGAGUACACAUUGAAGCCCUGUUUGGGUGCACUUAUUUUAGCGCGAAAUAUUUUGUAUUACUAUAAAAAAAUAAGAGGCCUGUCAGCAUGGCAUGCCACAAUUCGUGUUGAAGUUUAUGCUUUCAAACCUCGUUUUUGUCCAAAAUGCUUCUGACACUUCCUUACUGUACAAGGAAGAAAACCUGUUUUUCCUGAUUUCGUAAAAGUGGGGUUUCUUCAUACGACUCUGAUCGUUUAAGAUUUUUCCUAGAUAGCUAAAAAUAGCUUUGGCUAUGACUCUGAGGAUGUCGAAACAGAGCCUAAGCGUAUCUUUUUAUGGCUAUGUUUAAUUUCUUAGAGUAAAAUUUUAAUGUUAAUCAGUUGAUAUGCUUUCAUUUGGUUUCAUU